AUGACUUUUCUUGUUGGAAAGCCGCUGACGAUGGCCAUUACGGCCACUGCUGGCAGUGGCUUCCUUCUUUUCGGUUAUGACCAAGGUGUCAUGUCAGGUCUCUUGUCGGGAGAUGCAUUCGUUCACACAUUUCCCGAGAUUGACACCACCACUGGUGGCACUGGUAGCUCGACUUUGCAAGGAACUGUUGUCGCCAUCUAUGAGAUUGGUUGUUUCCUGGGUGCCAUUAUGGCCCUGGUUUGGGGUGAGAAUGUUGGACGUCGCAUGUGUAUCAUGGCUGGCUGUGUCAUCCUCUCAAUCGGUGCUGCCCUACAGGCCACUGCUUACGGUAUCCCCCAUAUGAUCGUGGGUCGAAUUGUAGCAGGUGUUGGAAACGGACUCAACACUAGUACCAUCCCGGUUUGGCAUUCCGAACUGAGUAAGCCUGAGAGCCGCGGGAAAGGGCUCGCUAUUGAAUUGUGUAUCAAUAUUUUCGGUGUUAUGACUGCGUACUGGGUCGACUAUGGCAUGAGCUACGUCAAGAACGACGCCCAAUUUCGAUUCCCCCUUGCCCUUCAGAUUCUCUUCGCUAUCCUUACUUUUAUUGGCAUCCUUGCCUUGCCCGAGUCACCUCGUUGGGACGACGCAGUCGUUAAUCAAGAUAUUGCCGAAAUUACACAAGCUAUCCGGGAGGAACAAUCCGCUACAGAAGAGAGCUCUUUCAUGAUGGUGUUCAAGAACGGUCCUCAGAAGUUUCUGUACCGGACACUCUUGGGUAUGGGCGGACAGAUGAUGCAACAGUUGUCCGGUGUGAACCUGAUCACAUAUUACAAUACCGUUAUCUUCGAAAAGUCUGUCGGUAUGACCCAUAACUUGGCGCUGCUGUUGGCAGGCUUCAAUGGCGUGGCGUACUUUGUGUCCACUCUGGUCCCUAUCUGGACAAUUGAUCGGCUCGGUCGACGGAAGCUGAUGCUUUUCGCUGUGGUUGGACAAGGGGCGUGCAUGGCUAUUCUGGCCGGCACAGUGGCGGACGGUGGCCAUGCCGCUGGUCUGGUAGCCACCGUGAUGCUAUUCCUUUUCAACUUCUUCUUUGGGGUGGGAUUACUUGCCAUUCCAUGGCUCUUGCCUGCGGAAUACUCCCCGUUGGCUACUCGUACCCGAUCCGCAGCAUUGGCUACGGCAACCAACUGGAUCUUCACUUUCUUGGUAGUGGAAAUCACCCCGGUCAGCAUUGACAACGUUGGGUAUCGCACGUAUAUCUACUUUGCAGUGUUCAACUUCUGCUUCAUCCCUCUGAUUUACUUCUUCUACCCUGAGACGCGCAACCUCACCCUGGAACAAAUCGACCACUUGUUCACUGGCGAGAAGGUGAAGCUUCAUUGGCACGCAUCGAUGGGAACUGCCGGCGACGCCGAGCACAUAAGACAAGACAUAUCAAUCUUAAGUCUCGCUCAAGACAUGAACCACGGCUCUGCAGCACCGAACCUGCAUCCCUGGUUCUACGUAACCUACUCCAUCAUUCCAGAGGCCAUCUCCGUGUUUUCCCCACAUUUGAUCAAACCCGGUGGCGGUUAUCGGUUCCCGAUCCGUUCUUCAAUCACCUCAAUCACCAUGACCGCCAUGCCUCAGGACACGGACUCCUUGCGUCAUGCUCCCCGGAAGCGUACACGCACCGGCUGUAUCAACUGCAGUAGACGCAGACGAAAAUGUGACGAGUCCAAACCAACAUGCACCGGCUGCAGACGGCGCGGCGAGAAGUGCCAAUGGCGUGUACUAGGCUCCUUCCGGGAGGCCAAUAUCAAAGUCCUCGAGCCCGGCCAUCCGUCCAUGAACCAAUCGGUUGGUCGGAAUAGUCGGCAGAGUAAAUUCAAGAUAUUGAAUGUCGACCCUCCUUCGGCCCGAAAAGAGCGUGCUCGUAAAGAGCAGUCGAUGCCCGAGAGGGCACCAUCCCCUCAACCCCAGCAGGAGGAGGCAUCUGCGCCUUCGCCGCUACCUGCUGACUUCAGUCAUUGCGAUGAUCCGGGUCUUUCCCCGUCGCUGUCGAGUAAUGCUUCCUUUUACCCGGCUGCGGAGGUCCGCAACCAUGAACGCGAUGGUGGCCGCAACGAUGAGGCGACUAACGAUCUUCCCAAUCAUAUUACCCAUAACACUUCACCUAACCACCCCUAUAUGCAUUCCAGUCCUGAAUUUGUUAUAGAUGAGCUCGCUGCAUUACGGAAUUUCUCCAACCAUGCAGCAUCCUUCCCUCAAACUGCCCAGGAGCCUUACCAAGCCAUUGCCUCACCUCUCUUUGAUCACAGCGUCUUCUCCGAUCCAGUCAACUUCACUAAUGAUGUCUUUCUGCCUGGAUCCGCCUAUGAGGCGCUUCACACUACGCUGCGGAACCGCCAGCUCUGGACUGCCCGGCCGGACAUCCCCAGUCGGUGCAGCUCGCCAGCGUCAGUUCCAGAGUCCGGGGCAGUGACUCCCAAUGAGCUACAUCCGAGUCAAGUAAACCAGUACUCGAGACCAAGACGCCCGUUUGAACUGUCACCAGCUCGGGAAAAUGUGUUGUGGCAGAACUAUCUCAAUGAAAUUUGUCUAUGGCUUGACAUGUUCGACAACCAUCGUCACUUUGCCUCGACCUACCCUCAAAUGGCCAAGUCAGUGCCACAUCUUCGCUAUUCUAUCCUGGCCCUAUCCGCCCGCCAGAUCGAGCGGAAGCAAAACCAGAAGUCCCAGUCCGAAAGUCUUUCCUUGUACCAGGAGGCAAUCCAUCUCCUCCUCCCGGAGCUAGAAAGCAAGACGACACCAGUGAUAGCGUCCUGUGUGAUUCUAUGUGUAUUGGAAAUGCUAAGCUGCAAUCCCAAAGAAUGGCGCCGCCAUCUAGACGGCUGCGCAUAUCUAAUCCAAGCAGCCGAGAUCAACGGAUUCUCCGGGAAAGAAGAACAAGCCCUCUUCUGGUGCUUCGCGCGAAUGGACGUCUGCGGCGGCCUCAUCUCCGAGGAAGAGACCAUCAUCCCCAUCCACCACUGGAUCCCCAAGGACAUGAGCCCGGCCGAAGCCUCCCAGCACUUCCUCGCCUCCAACAUAUCCGCCUUCGACACCUACGCAAACUACACCGUCUACCUCUGCGCCCAGACCCUCGGCGUUCUCUUCAACCCCUCCUCCCAACUCCCGCCAUCCUGUGUAUCGUGUCGAUACCUCGGCAGUCCUGACGAUCGAGACACGUACGUGCACCGCUGGACACGUCUUUUCGACAGCGUCGAAGAGUGGUACGAUAACCGGCCGAGCCAGAUGAAGUCGAUCUUCGUCAUACCGGCUUCAGCGGGGCCGAGGCCGUUUCCGACGGUUCUUCCAUUUCUCUCGCUCGCUUAUAUACUGACGCGGCUAGUCUCUGGCAAUCAAUUGUAUCAUACGUGUGCGUUACUGUUGCUUCAGCGCAAGCCGAAGACUCUUUCUCUCUCCCGACGACCGAUCUGUGCGAUCUCCGCUUCGAACACUCACCACGGCUGCUGGACAAACGCCCUACAACCCCUCUGGCUAGCCGGCAAAGCCAUGUCACAUCACUCCGAGCACACAGCCAUCAUCGAAACAUUGACGCGUGUCGAGCGCGAGACCGGUUGGGCGACAGCAUGGAGAGUCGAGGAUCUAAAAGACUUCUGGGGCGAAGACGACGACAUGGACGAGAUGGAGCCGAUGCGGGUCGACGUGGAGGGGGAUGUGAGUCUGCAGACGCCGCGGAGUAUCCGGAGCCCAUUAGAAGUAUAA